AUAUAGUUAAUCAUUUAUUAAUCCGAUAAGUAUUAGUUUGUCAUAAUCGUUUCAAGUUAUUGGAAUGAAAAAAAUAAGCUUAUAAAGAAUAGUUAUAUGUUCCUCUGUCUUUAAGUUUGUUUGGUUAUUUAGAUGUAUUUUCUAUAACAUAUCUAACUGCCACCUAUCAUUAAAAUUUUUAUUAAAGAAUUUGGUGAUAAAUACGGACAAUAUUCUACGAUACGAUCUAAUUUUUAAAUUUAUUUAAAAUUAUUGAAAAGAAAAAAAGAAACAGUGCUGCAUUUUGUUUUAUGAUAUAUACGUUCAAUAGGCAAUCGUUAAAUUGGAAAACACAAUAAAUGAUACGAUAAAAGUUAUAAUUAAAUUAUCUACAAAAAUGAGUUCCAAAUUCCUAUUUCUAGAAUCAAUGGAGAUUCUCAGUACUAUACCGCAAUAUUAUACUUUGUUAGAAGUAUUCGCAGUAUUGUUGUUCUUAUGGUUUAUUGUCAAAAAAGUUUACCGUAGAGAUAAUGUAACUCUAACGGAGGAUGAAUUGGAGAAAAAGUUAUUGGAAUGGAAACCUGAACCAUUGACGCCUGAAGUAGAUCCUAAUCAUCCCUCUUUACAUCCUUUAAAAGUGUCUACCAGAGUUGGCAAAAGAAUAUUAGUCAAUGACAAAGAUUGCCUUAAUUUAGGAACUCACAAUUACUUGGGCCUAACGGAAAAUGAGGAAAUAAAUGAAAUUGCAAUUGAAACUAUUAAAAAGUACGGAGUAGGUUCCUGUGGACCACGUGGUUUUUAUGGGACUGUUGAUGUUCAUCUUGAAUUGGAAGAAAGAUUGGCCAAAUUUACGGAUACAGAAGAAGCCAUCGUAUAUUCGUAUGGAUUCAGUACCAUUGCCACUGCCAUACCUGGAUAUUGUAAAAAAAAUGAUUUGGUGUUUGCUGAUGAAAAAAUAAAUUUUGCCAUACAGAAAGGAUUGGAUGCUUCUAGGUCGACAGUUAAAUAUUUUAAGCAUAAUGAUGUACAAAAUCUACAUGAUUUGUUGUUAGAACAGGAGAAAAAGGAUAAGAAAAAUCCUAAAGCUGCUAAAAUCAAACGCUUCUUAAUCAUAGAAGGUAUUUAUUUGUAUACAGGACAAAUUUGCCCUCUACCUGAAUUAAUUGCAUUAUGUAAAAAAUACAAAUUAAGAAUAUUCAUUGAUGAAUCGAUAUCAAUUGGUACUCUUGGUGCUUAUGGAAAAGGGGUCACAGAACAUUUUGGUGUUCCUAGACAUGAAAUUGAUUUGAUUAUGGGAUCCUUAGAAACAGCCAUAGGAUCUAUUGGUGGAUUUUGUGUUGGUACUACUUUUAUCGUUGAACAUCAACGUUUGGGUGCCCUCGGUUAUUGCUUUUCAGCAUCUUUACCACCACUUUUAACAACAGCAGCUAUAACUGCUAUAAAUAUAAUGGAAAAUAAUCCACAAAUAUUUAAAUCUUUGAAAGAUAAGUGUAUAACCAUAGAUAAUGCUCUUAAAGAAAUGCCAUAUAUUGAAACUCCAAGCUUUGUGGAAUCUCCUUUAAAACAUUUAUAUUUGAAGGAAAAGAAAGCUUAUGCUGAAGAAAUAAAAAUCCUUACUUCUAUUUCUGAAAGGUGCAUUGAAAAUAAUUUAGCUAUAAUAAGUCCUACAUAUCUAGAAACAGAAAAUAAACUGCAAAGACCUAGCUUACGUCUUUGUGUUUCUGUAUCAUUGACUGAAAGUGAUAUUAAUUUUGCAAUGUCUACAUUAAAGAAAUGCAUUAAAGAAAUUUUAACAUAAAAACCAUUAAAUAUAUAUAUAUAUAUAUAUAU